UUACUCUCCCUGGCUUCGCUCUGGAGCUGCCUGCGGGCGCGCUUCGCAGCCGAGGCAGACCCCAAAGAUGCGGAGGCAGGGGCGGAGGUGGUAGUUUUCCCAGAGUCGCCCUUGCAGAAACCCACAGUGUUCGUAACCAUCCUGGCCCGCAACGCUGCGCACACGCUGCCCCAUUUCUUGGGCUGCUUGGAGCGGCUGGACUAUCCCAAAGAUAGGAUGGCCAUCUGGGCAGCCACUGAUCACAAUGUUGACAAUACAACAGAGAUCCUCAGAGAGUGGCUGAAGAACGUUCAGAAAUUAUACCACUAUGUGGAAUGGAGGCCUAUGGAUGACCCUCAGUCUUACCCCGACGAAAUUGGACCAAAGCACUGGCCAGGCUCCCGAUUUACCCAUGUGAUGAAACUCCGGCAGGCUGCCCUUCGAACUGCGAGGGAAAAAUGGUCAGACUACAUCCUGUUUAUAGAUGUUGACAAUUUCUUGACUAAUCCACAAGCCCUCAAUCUGAUGAUCGCUGAAAACAAGACGAUUGUGGCCCCGAUGUUGGAAUCUCGAAGCCUCUACUCUAAUUUCUGGUGUGGAAUCACACCUCAGGGCUACUAUAAACGGACCCCAGACUACCUUCAGAUUAGAGAAUGGAAGAGAAGAGGCUGUUUUCCUGUUCCAAUGGUCCACUCCACAUUCCUCAUUGACCUCAGGAAAGAGGCCUCAUACAAGCUGAUGUUUUUUCCCCCACACCAGGAUUAUUCCUGGACUUUUGAUGACAUCAUUGUCUUUGCCUUCUCCUGUAGGCAAGCAGGUAUUCAGAUGUAUCUCUGCAACCGAGAACACUAUGGCUAUCUCCCCAUUCCACUGAAGCCACACCAGACACUACAAGAAGACAUCGAGAAUCUCAUUCACGUGCAGAUAGAAGCAAUGAUCGACCAUCCUCCAAUUGAACCCUCCCAGUAUGUCUCAGUGGCCCCCAAAUACCCAGACAAGAUGGGAUUUGAUGAGAUUUUCAUGAUAAACCUUAAACGGCGGAAGGACAGACGGGACCGAAUGUUGCGCACACUUUAUGAACAAGAGAUUGAGGUCAAAAUUGUAGAGGCUGUGGAUGGAAAGGCCCUGAAUACAAGUCAGCUGAAAGCUCUGAAUAUCGAAAUGCUACCUGGGUACAAGGAUCCCUAUUCUUCUAGGCCAUUGACAAGGGGUGAAAUUGGUUGCUUUCUUAGCCACUAUUCUAUCUGGAAGGAGGUAAUUGACCGAGAACUGGAAAAGACGCUUGUUAUUGAGGAUGAUGUGCGUUUUGAACAUCAGUUUAAGAAGAAAUUGGUGAAGUUGAUGGAUGACAUUGACCGUGUGCAACUAGACUGGGAAUUGAUUUACAUUGGUCGGAAGAGAAUGCAAGUUCAAGAACCAGAGAAGGCCGUGCCCAAUGUCAUGAAUCUGGUCGAGGCUGAUUACUCCUACUGGACCCUGGGCUAUGUCAUCUCCUUGGAAGGGGCUCAGAAGCUGGUUGGAGCUGACCCCUUUGGGAAAAUGCUGCCAGUAGAUGAGUUCCUGCCGGUCAUGUACAACAAGCAUCCUGUAGCCAAAUACAUGGAGUACUAUGAGCCCAGGGAUCUGAAGGCUUUCUCAGCUGAACCCUUGCUCAUCUAUCCCACCCAUUACACAGGGCAGCCUGGUUACCUGAGUGACACAGAGACAUCCACCAUCUGGGACAAUGAAACUGUGUCCACCGACUGGGACAGGAAGCAUUCCUGGAAGUCUCGGAAGCAGGCACACAUCCACAGCAAUGCCCAGAAUACAGAUGCUCUACCCCCCACCACUUCCCUGGACACAGCGCCCUCACGGGAUGAAUUAUGAUGGGGCCUGCGGUUCUGUCUACAACUGGACCUGCCUUUUGCUUUUUGUUUGUCUUUAGAGAUAAUCCUCCAGUUUCCUUUUUUAUUUCAUUGUCACUCUGAGAAGAUCAAGUUGAUUUGACUCGUUUGAUUGAAAAUAGUAAAUUAUUAGAAAGGAAAGGCAAUAAUUUAAGAAGGCUCUAGGAAAAUGGGAAGAUAGGCUUCUUUUUUUUUAAACAAGUUUGGUUUGAUCAGAUGCUUUGGCUCAUCUCCUUUGUGAAGUGGCUGCUCACAUGAAGGCCAAGCCCUGUAGCUGAGUGAUCUGGAUGACCUGGGCUAAGCGCCAGGCUAUCAGGAGACCCAGGAAUGAGCUGUCGAGGCAAAAGCAACAAUUGGCCCAAUCAUUUUGUGGUUAUGAAUGAGCAUCACUUUUAUGCAAACUGUGUUGCUGAAAAGUACAUAUAGAGCAAACUUCGUUUAGUUGAAUUAUCUCUUAAAUGCACUAGUGGGUCUUAUUUAGGGUAACCUUGUUCUGCCUUCUUUGGAGAACAAAGUGUACUUUCGCAGAAUUUUUUUUUUCUUUUGCGUGACUCUAACGUGUCAAGUAUCAUCUUUGUGAAAGUGAGGUCUACCAACGUUUUGGUCCUCUUGAAAAUGCUAGACCAAUAGGAUUAGCGUUUUAUGCUUUCUGUUGCUGGCUCGGCACUUGACCAUCAUGACAUUCCAAAAUCCUGAGGUGACUGUGACCAACAACUGUCCCAAGUCCCAAGAUAUAGUCUAAAUAUUUUCUGAGUUUACAUCAGUUGUUUUAGGGGUAUUUAAAAAAAAAGCUCUGUCUUUUGCAUUUUCCCAAUGAUUACUGCAGUUAGAAUGCUCCAUUUAUACUGACACAUUUAAAAUAUGGGAUUAUGAUGAUUCCUACCCAGAGGUUUCAUGGUACUACUGUAACAGUUCCAUUCUCUCCUCCACCAUCUGUGUCACUAAAGAAGCUUUAGAUGUGAAAUUUUAUCAGAUGUUAUCCAGAAAGAGACAGAGAGAGAGACAGAGGAUAAAAGAGAGAAGAGAGAGACAGAGAAAAAGAAGAGAGAUAGAGAGAA